CGCCCGUCUGGGCGGCCGCAAGCGAAGUUGGCCCAGGGCCCCGGCCUGGGUCGGACGGCGAAAGUGACGGACCUGUGCCGGUCCCAGUGACGAUGGCGGUAUUUCACGACGAGGUGGAGAUCGAGGACUUCCAAUACGACGAGGACUCGGAGACCUACUUCUACCCCUGCCCGUGUGGGGAUAACUUCUGCAUCACCAAGGAAGAUUUGGAGAACGGGGAAGACGUGGCAACGUGCCCUAGCUGCUCUCUCAUUAUAAAAGUGAUUUAUGACAAGGAUCAGUUCACGUGUGGAGAGACAGUCCCAGCCCCUUCCACCAGCAAAGAACUAGUUAAAUGCUGAAGAAGACUUUUAGAUUCUAAAACCUGAACUUGGGGAAUGAGGCAAGCUGGAAAAGUCUAACACAGAGUCACCGGCUUCUUCACAGGGACAAUCAUUUUGUGGUUUGCUGUUCAUGAGAGUCGAUUCUUUCCAUCGGGCGCCAAGUUCAUCUCCUGUUGAAGAAGCAAGUCCACCACAUGACAUACCUGGAUUUUGUGCUUAAACUUUGAACUGGAAGUGUUUGCAUCCAAACAUAAAAGAAGAUAA